AAAGAAAGCCUUAUAUAUGCAGCGUGUUGACUACAGAUGCAACCAGCAGCUCCUUCAGCAAAACUGAUCUCCAGGCCCUUCCUACACGAUCACAGCUCUUACCUUCCAAGGUCCAGCAAACCCAUCAAGACUUUCAACGCCCGAAACCUCCAAAAUGCCAGAAGUAAACCCAGAAGACGCAGAAGCCUAUGGCCAACGACUCGUCUCUAUCUUGCAGAUUCCAACCAAGAUUCCACGGCUUCAAAUACCCACGCAAGACCCUCGUCUUCAGAUACCGACCAAGAUCGAGAACCUCCAGAUCCCUACAAAAGAUCCACGCCUACAAAUUCCGAGCCAGGAUCCAAGGCUCAAGAGGGGAAGGAUUGAUGGAGUUGUCUAAGCAUUGGAUUACGGCAUUCGAAGGUUGGAGGUGGAAAAUAGCGACGUAGAAGAGAAGGUUGAGAUUGGAAAGGCAUGACAAGCAAUAGAGAGCUGUCCACCCACACGUCUUUCAAUGCAUUGCGAAUCUGGCGCUCCUUUAUCUAGCGAGGCCAGAAGCACUGUUUUACUUGCUGCGGCUGUUGUUGAGAUGCAGCGUGGUGAGAGAGUCGGCAUUGUACGGGAGUCGAGAGAAAUAUGGGCCAAGCUCUACCACAACCGGCCUGUGACAAGCAGUGUGAAUUAAGGCUGUUCAGCAAUGGUCCGAUAGUCUAUUAUAUGUCUUCUGAUAAGGGGUUCGCGCGCUGGCCAACAACUCAAUGCUUCAAAAAGGGGAGCUUUGCGCUCCUCCAGCUGCAAACGACAAAAAAAGGUAUUCAAGUCCGUUAUUAGGUGUGCAGGGAAUUGGAGUUUUAUCAAAGUUGUACUGGAAGCAAAACUGCAACUGGAAAAGAUUUCCGGCCCAAAAAAGAUUUCCGUCACGGGG